AUGGUAUUGCCUUUUUAGAUUUUUUGUUUUUGAAAUUAUUUUUAGUUUCAGCUAAUGUUUCAUUUAUUGGUGGAGAUGAAGCGAGUUCCAAUAAAAACUUUUAAUUUGAAAGUUCUCAUCUUUUCUUAUUGAAUUUUUUUUUUCAAACUCGGCUUAUUACUUUUGUCCUCGAAUUUCCAUACAAUCUCGAUUGAUUGAGGAAAAGAAGAAUACAUGUGAAAAUGUUGAAAAAUUAUAAUAAUUUCAGGUAAAAGAAGACCAAAAACCGAAGAUGGCGGGGCACGUGGGGACCAUCACCUCGGUCAACGCCUUGAUCUCCAAAGUCUUUCAACAGCCAAAAGGAGAUCUGGUGGGCUUUUUUAUGAUUUGAGAAGGAUUCACGAAAUCAGACAAUUUCAAGCCGUGGCUCAUGUAGUGUAUCAUUUCGCCUAGAGUGCUGUUGGAAAAGUCAAAAAAUUACGCUUUUUUCCAUAUAUAACCGUACAAAAAGACAUGAUUGUUUUCAAAGAAACAGUUACUGUUUUUCGCAAGAAAGAGUUCGAUUUGAGUCCUUAUCAAUCCUUCAGUCAAAUAACAACUUUUUGAAAUGAGUUUUUUGGAACUCAAGAGUUUGGGGAAAAGAAGGAAGAAGGGUUGGGAUUGGUAUGUUCUCGGCGUGUGUUUGUGUGUUGUAUGAGCAAUUUGCGCACGAUGAACAAGUGCAAGUCGUGAAGUGGUCGAGGGUUCGUCCUGCCGAGGAUUUCCGGCCUACGGGGUUAGUUUCAACUGUUCGUCAUGGAAAAAAUUAACAAAAAAGCAUGUCACAGUGAUUUCAUCAAUUUUUCGCUCGAGUAAUCUCCAAAACAACGCUCCUAAGCCGUCUUUUAAAAGGUUACGCUCUUUUGGGCCUAAAAUCGCACUUCUUUAUUUUGUUUCUUCAAAUAUAUUUCCCUUUCCGAAACCCAGAUUUCAAAAAGUUAUUCAAAUUUUUUCAAAACUAUUCUGAUCUGUCACGGUAAACUUGAAUGACGUCAUUGGCCAUCCGAGCUGUUUGAACAGCCUGAAUAAUUGUAUUUCACGGCUCGUCUGUAUAGGAGAGCGACCACUCCAUGAUAUUCAACAUGUUAUUCAGUUGUUCAAAACCUUGAACGAGCCGAGGUUGGGCUUCUUCACCAGGAAAUUUCGAACAGCGAGGAAUUCAGAAAUCGACUUUCCUUUCAGCCGCCCACCUGCCUAAAUUGAAAAACCAGACGUAAAGUCAAAAAAUAAUAUUAUUUGUAUCCGUGCGAGAGAAAACUCUUGGAAUGAAUUAUGAUUGGAGUAUGGUUAAAACUAACUUCAGACUCAUUUUUAGGCGGACCGGCUCAACUCGAGAGUGACGGUAUGCGUCCUGGCUGUAUCUUCGGCGAUGCUGCUCUCGAGCCAUUUCUUCGGCGAUCCCAUCACGUGCUGGACUCCGGCACAGUUCACCAAACAAUGGUUCGUCUUUCUGCCGUUUUCAAAAAAAAAGUCAAAAAAAUACUAUUUCGCUCUGUGUAAAAGGCCAGACUAGAUACGUUUCAUGCAUAACCAAUUUCUAGGGUCGACUUUGUCAACCAGUACUGCUUCGUACAUGGGACCUACUUUGUACCAUUAGAUGAACAGUUAUCUUUUGAAAACGACGAAAGACACAAAAUAACUAUACAAUAUUAUCAGUGGGUCAGUUUCCAUUUCAUCGUUUUCCCUUCGAAAAAAGAAGUUUAGGUACCAUACGUUUUGGCGUUGCAAGCUUUUCUUUUCUAUUUUCCCAGAUUUGUUUGGAAGGCUUUAAUUUCUUACAGUGGUGAUUUUGGAAAAUAAAAAAGAGAUGGAAAAUAAUAAUUUUUAGGCUACGACCUUGCCGGCGCCGUUAAAUACGUCGACGCAUUCUGGAACAGUAUCAAAAAUGACAAUGCCAAUUUCAAAGGUAAUGGAAGUGGUUCGGAUUCAAACUAGUUUGUAUUUUCAGCAAGAAUAGCAGCAUUUGAAGGACGGCCGUCCGUUUACAUCUGGGACGGGAUUCGAUUGGCCAGGAAAAAGAGGAGUAAGGACAUGGCUCUGUUCUACACACUUUCCACUAUUCUUCAGGCCAUCAAUGCUUGGAUCCAGGUCUGAGUGGAAAACCUUGAUUACAUCGAAAAGAAGGAAUUGAAAAGGUUGAUAGCUAGUAAUGAGGCCAGGAAACUUCCAAGAACUAAAGUCAGCAGAUGUUGCUAAGAAAGUAAAUUAGCACUUUUCGAAAUUCAUUCUCUAUUAAUAACAUCAUCCACAGCAAAGGAAAACAGUUUGCAAGCUUUGGAUGAUUUCUUAAAAAUGAAAAUAAAGCGAAUGAAACUACCUAAUCAACAUUUCGUGUAGGGUCCUCGAGCAAAAACUAAUUCUCUUUCUAAAUAGUUGGUUGGGUUGAUCUGUGUUUGUAACUGGAAAACCUCAAAUUGGAUCUCACUUUAACUGAAGUUGUUUUUCAGUGGUACAUCUUGAACGCAAUGCUCGGAUCGCCUCACUACACAUUCUGGGGACCGUCGUUGCUCACCGACCUCGUGCGGGGCAACGACUGGCAGGUAGACACGGAAAACUCCAAAAAAUUAAAGAAAACCUAGAAAAAUGAAAAUUGGAAUCAAUAUUAACCAAGCUUUUUUGAAAGGAAAAGGUGUGAUGGUAAAAUGAACAAUUUUUGAAGCUUCACUUGUACAGAAAGCCGAAAAACGUUCUCUUCAGACGACAGGCCACUUCCCGCGAAUCGUCCACUGCGACUUCAACCGACGACGUCCGGCCAGCGUCCAGAUGGACACGGUUCUUUGCGUGCUCACCCUCAACAUCUACUACGAGAAGUUGUUCGUCUUCCUCUGGUUCUGGCUCCAGUUUGUGGCCAUCGUUUCUACGAUCAACUGCAUUAAGUGGCUCUACAGUCUCUGCUCUUCCACCAAGGUUAUUUCUUUAAAUGAAACUUGUCCCAAAGUUUUUUCACAAGCCCGCAAAUAUCAUAGUAUCGAGAAUAGACUGUUGAUUUUUAACUUUCAAAACUGGAACUUACUUUUUUUGGUAGGUCUAACCAUUUAAAUUUUAAUAAUAAACAAAACUGUUUAUAAAAAAAUUAUAGUUGAAUGGAAUGAUCUUUAUUUUCCAAGACUUGGUCUUCAUUAUUGAAGUAAUUAUCAAUUUUGACUCAAAAAAGAGAUUUUUCUCGACAAAACUUCAGCUUUAUCUGUUAUUGUUAUUAAUUUUUCGAAGCCAUAUGAGUAAUGGGAAAAUAAUACUACAUAUGACAAUAUUUGUUUGAGGCGCAGCAAAUGGUAGAAGGAUACCUGUCGACGGCGCCGAUGAGGUCGAAGGUGACGGCUGACCAGUUUCUGGACACGCUGGGACCCGACGGCCUGUUCGUUCUCGAGCAGAUGGCGCUUAACGUCGGCGACAUUCCCACCAGGUUCCUCAAUUGACCGUGUCCACUUCUUUUUUUCUUUCUUUCUUCCCACUUGUACGCCGGUUUUCCGAUUUGAUGACCUGAGGCCGACGCUUCUUGCGCAAAUUAUGACGCCAUUCUCUAUUGGCUUUUUUUAUGGAACCGUUGCCAAAAAAAUUGACCGGCUUUUUUUAUGUAGGAUUUACAAAAAUUAUUCGAUUUUGAUAGGAAUCUUCAUUCUUUUUACUUCGCGUUGCCUUGGCAGAAAUUUUACUUGAUGAAACAAAAAAAUGAAACAAAAAAAUGAAAAAAAAAAUGGAAUAAUUGAUAGAAAAGCCAUUUGGAAGUAGUUUUCGUAUAGUACAAGUCCAAACUUCCAUUGCUAAAAAAAUUCUUAAUCAAACGAGAAAUGAUGAAGAUUUAGAAAAAACAUCUGGAAUCCUCAAAAAAAUAAAAAUAACUUUUUUUAAAAUUGAAAAAUCAUAAUCCGAUAACGUCUUCAGUUUUGCAGGAAUCAGAUAAAUUUAUAAAUUUUUUUACCAAGUAAAAAUUAAAAAAACUAAGAACUGAAUCUGGAAAUUGACGAACGUUCAGCUAUCUCACAAUAUCGAUGCGGAACAUCAGUCCUGAUUGGGAAGAGCUCGACCCGAGGAAACGCUACGCAGAAGCCCUCGAGGCCGGCGAAGAAGAGCGAACGCCUUUCAAACGACCCGACUACUCAUGA